AUGUUGGAUGAGCAACUUUGGAGAGAUAAGUGGCCUGGAGCACUUCAAAUGAAGGAAAAAAGAGUGGAUAUUUAUCCUACUAUGGACUUUGGCAUCGAAAAAGCCAAAACAACUACUAAACAACACGCAGAAGUUGUUGGGAGUCGCAUCUUCAUCAGAAAUCACAAAAGGGUUUUGAGGAGUACCGAUCAGCUUAAAAUAGUGAUGGGUAACUCUAUAGCAUCUCGCUGGAGGGAUCUCAGUGGAAAGAAUGAUUGGAAGGAUAUAUUGCAUCCUCUCGAUCUUGACCUCCGCCGCUAUAUAAUUCACUAUGGUGACAGGUGUGGAGCCGUUGGAGAUCUCUUUAAUGAUACAAAGGCAUCGAGGGGGUUUGGACAUAGCCUAUAUCCAGCAGAUGAGUUUUUCUCCAGGGCAGGUCUCGAAAUUGGAAAUCAGUUCAAGUACAGCGUGACCAACUUCUUUUAUGCCGCCUCAGAUAUUGUACAGUCCGCUUGGUUUGGCUAUGUGGCAGUGACCACAGAUGAAGGAAAGGCUAUUCUGGGAAGGAGGGAUAUUUUGGUUACUUGGAGAGGAACCAUGACAGACUCGGAGUGGAUUAACAAUGUACUUUUUCCAACUUCAGCUUCGGAGCUAUUUGGAGAGGACAAUGAUCCUCUGGUGCCUGGCUUUCUCUCUCUUUAUACUGGGAGUAGCUCCAACUCUCCUUACAGCCAGACCAGUGCCAGAGACCAGGUAAAAUCUUGA